AUGGCUUGCUUUUAUAAUGUGGCCACUGAUCCCCUUGCUCCCGGGAUCACCGGCGGAUCCCCCUGCACACCUGUGGAGGCGCGGCCUGGUGGGAGGAGGGGCGGCUGCGGCCGGGGGACGACCAGGAGGAUUGGGAGGGUAGGGGUGCCGGAGGGCAGCCGCAGCUGUGAGCCCAGCCGCGUGGGGCAGGUGCGGCCCCUCAGCGCCCGCUCAGGAGUGAAGAGCGCCGCGGGCACUUCCGGGAGGGAGGGUCUGCGCCCUGGGGCUCGCUGUCCCCACGCGGAGUCUGCAGCGGAGGAAGGGGUGUGGUCGCCGCUCUCGGGACCAUGCCGGCAGCCCUGGGGCUGGGUCUGCGCUCUUCUCACCCCUGGCCUGCCGCAAAGCCUCAGCGAGCUCGGAUCCCCCCCGUGGAGGCUGCGGGCGGGGGCUGAGUACUGGCGAGGGAGGCUUCUUUACUCCCUCAGCCCUGAAGGAAGGAAGUGUGGGAUCCGUGCGGUUGAUAUGAAAAGUACAGAAACUGUUUUGGAAACUGGGUUCUUCCCUAGAGUUACUGGUUGGAGAAAUUCAACAGUCGGCAGAUAUCCGUGGUGGGUCUCCCUAAAAUCAGGUGAGCAUCACUUCUGUGAAGGAAGCUUGAUCCAGGAGGAUCUGGUUGUUACCGCAGCACACUGCCUGGUUGGCCUCAAUGAGAAGCAAAUUAAGAGUCUGACUGUGACUGCUGGGCAACACAGCCUCUCCCAGAAGGGUGUACACGAACAGAAGAGUCCUGUCUCAAUAAUUAUUAUCCAUCCUGAGUACCACAGACAUGGAUAUAUGAGUUCUGAUAUUGUACUGCUCUACCUAGAACACAAAGUUGAGUUUGGAACUGCUGUUCAGCCAAUCUGUCCUCCCCAUAGAGAUGAGAAAUCUGAAGCAGGGAUUCUUUGCAUGACCAGUGGAUGGUGCAAGAUCUCAGAGACAUCAGAAUAUUCAAAUGUCCUAUGAGAAGUAGAACUUCCCCUCAUGGAUGACAGAAUGUGUAAUAGUGUGCUCAAGCAUGUGAACUUUCCUCUUCUGGGAAGGACAAUGAUGUGUGCCAGGUGUCCAGAUGGGAAAAAGGAUGCCUGCCAAGGAGACUCUGGAGGUCCAUUUGUUUGUAGAAGAGACAGUGGAAUCUGAGUCCUUAUUGGGAUAAGUUCUUGAAGAGCUGGUUGGACUAGAGAUUGGACUUCUUUAAGAAAAAACCAUAAAAGGGCAUCGCUGGGCAUUUUCUCCAAGGUGUUUGAGUUGAUGGAUUUUGUCACUCAGAACAUAUUCACAGCUUGUAGAUCUCAAGGAACCAUGUUAUUUGGAGAAAAUGGCAAGAUUCGUUACCCCCAUUCCAAAGAGAGAAGCUUUUCUCGUAAUUGCUUAUGUAUGUGGAGAAUAACAGUACCAGAAAAUAAAAUUAUGAUGGUAAAAUUUACAAGCUUAGACAUACAAAAUCAAAUUGGAUGUGACCAUGACUAUAUAUCUUUACAAUCGAGCAAUGGAGUGCUUAUUAGUAAGGUCUGUGGAGGUCUUUUGCCUCCAUCCUUGCUGACAGAAACCAAUGAGGCCACAGUUACAUUUGUUUCUAGGACAGGAAAGAGUGGCAGCAGGUUUGAGCUGACCUUUACUGCCAUAUAGAAGAACUCAGGAGCAGGCUGGGGGAGUGUGGCUGUACUGGUGGAAGGAAGGACAGUUCACUCUGCCAAUUAUCCUCACAUUGUAAGGUGUCAUUGCUUCAUUCAUGCUCCAGAGAAACACAUUGUACAAUUGGAAUUUGAGGACUUUAUCACUGAAUUUAGCCAAAACUGUGUUUAUGAUGUGGUUGUGACUUACAGUAACCCUGAAGAGGAGCACGAGUUAGCUAAAUUUUGUGGAAUCUUGAACUUUACUCCAAUAUUCAGUCCUAAUAACAUAUUGGUGAUUCACUUUAAAAGUGAUGGUGAAAAUACCUUCCAGGGCUUUAAGGUUACAUUUACCUUUUUGCUCUCAGAGAUUAGGGAUAAAUUUACCCCCUCCCCACCCCACCCCCGAGUCAAUCCCCUGUCUUCUGCAAAGGCUAUUCUGUGUGACAUCUGUGGCAUCCCUCCAUUUAGUCUCCAGUGGCUUUCAAGAAGAAUUGUAGAGGGGGACGAAGCCUGCCCCCACUGCUGGCCAUGGCAGGUGGGCGUGAGGUUCCUAGGCAGUCACCAGUGUGGAGAGCCCAUCCUCAGCCCUACUUGGAUUCUGACCGCAGCCCACUGUGUGCAAUCGAAAAAUAAUCCUCUCUUCUGGACCAUUGUCACUGGACACCGUGACAGAACCCUGAAGGAACCAGCUGAGCAGGUAAGAAGGGCAAAACACAUCCUGGUGUGAGAAGCCUUUGAUAGAUGGAAUCAUGACUCUGACGUUGCCCUGAUAGAGCUGAGCUCUCCUCUGGAGUUCAACUCCAUCGUGAGGCCUGUGUGUCUCCCACAAAACAUGGAACGGCUCUUUCCCUCGAAGACCAGUGCUGUGACUGGAUGGGGGAGACUCAGUGAAGACGGCGGCCUAGCAAGGAGCUUCCAACAGAUCCAGGUGCUUGUGUUGGAAAGAGAGGUCUGGGAACGUGCUCACUCCUCUCACCAAGGAGGGCUCACGGAGAAGAUGACGUGUGCUGACUUAGCAGCCUCUGGAGGGAGAGACUUCUGUCAGGGAGACUCUGGUGGCCCAUUAGUAUGUAGACAUGAAAAAGUUCUCUUUGUCCUAUACAGCAUUGCCAGUUGGGGGGCUGGCUGUGCCCAGCCAGGGAAGCCAGGUGUAUUUACCAGGGUGAGUGUCAUCUUGGACUGGAUCCAAUCCAAAAUCAAAGGUCCUGUUUCACUUCAGAUAAGUAAGGAAAGCAAAACAUUACGAAGACGACAGUUGCCACCACCCACACCUUCAACAGACGAUGCAUCUGGACCAGGUUGUUACUCUGAGGUGGAACUAGAAGAGCCCAGAGGCUUUUUUGCAGCUCCAGGAUAUCCACCUAAUUAUAGAGGAGAACUGGAAUGUUCUUGGGUGCUCAGGUUGUCUCCGAGCAGUAUGGCAAAAUUGACGGUUAAGUACCUGUCGCUGCCUUGGUCUCCUGUGUGUCCAGAUUCAGUUAUGACUGUUUAUGAAGAAAACCACGAUGAGAAAAGUGUGUCUGCAAUUACUGUCUUCCAACAUUGUGAUUUUUUUUUCACGUUUGUGGUUUGUGUUUUCUCUAUUGAACGUGAGCUUUCAGGGGCUAAAGCUUUCAUCUCCUCAUCUGAAGACUCUCCAGUGUCUGGAACAAGGGCUUACCCAAUGAUUUUCAUGAGCUCCGGACCCCUAGUGAGAGUGGUAUUUUGUUCGUUUGUGCAAGGUUCUUUGGGCAUAAGUUACAUUGUUUUUAGAGUCCAAGGUCCAAAGGGCAGUAAAGCUACCAAAUUUCUCCAGAGUUCAAAGCAAGAACGUACAGCCACUUGGGAGGAUGUUAUUCUGACUAAACCAGGAGGAAUCAUACAGAUCCCAGGAUACUCUCACAGAACUAUUGUGAGUUGCCACAGGAAGUUAUUAGCCCCUUUACAUCAUGUUGUUUGCCUUGAUAUUAUCAACUUCCAGAUGAAGCCGACACCUUUGGCCUGUCAGGGUCACAUGUGGGUUUAUGAAGGAUUAGGCAAAAAAUUUAUAGAGAUAACCAUAGAAAGCUAUACUGGCAAACAGCCAACCCAAGAACCAUGUGAAAUUUCUGUUGUGGACCUGUUUCUAAUGCAAGGGUCUGAGAGAAACACACAGGUGCUGUCUGCUAAGUGCGGGGAGCCCUGGAUGGUGGGUGGCCGGGUGGCACCGGCAGGGUCAUGGCCCUGGCUGGUCAGCCUGCAGCACCAAGGACAUUUCUGUGGAGGUGAUCUGAUUGCCAGGCAGUGGGUCCUGACCAUGGCGUCCUGUAUCUUUAGUACUGUCACAGAUGGCCUGGUAAUAGGAAGAAGUUACCUCUCAAACACCAGAAAUGGCAAUCUGGUAUCAGUGAAAGCUGUCUACACUCACCCUGGCUUUGCGCCCUUCCCUCCCACCGAUGAUCUUGAUGAUCUCUCCUUGCUGCAGCUGGACAAACCUGUUGAACUCAAAGACGAAUUUUCUGAAACUGUGCAGGAGGCAGUGGUAUCACUGAUCAGCAGCACAUCUUGUCAAAGCUACUGGGGCUUGGAUAUUAAAAACAGCGACAUAUGCAGAGGGGCUGCGGGCUCAUCCUCAUGCAUGCCACCCUUUGAAAAUACAGAUUUUGAUCUGAUUCAGAGAUCUGUAACAUCCGCCAACUGCCGAGUUCUCUCUGCUGUUGGAGAUUCUGGAGGACUGCUGCAAUGUGUCCACAAUGGACAGUACGAGUUCAUUGGUAUUGUGAGUUGGGGCAGCAGGAACUGCCAGCCCCCGGCACCCACAGUCUUUGCCAGAAUUUCUGCCUACAGGGACUGGAUCGCAUCUGUCACUGGAGGAGAAUUAACAUUUAUAAAGCCCAGAACAUAUCCUAUAACAAUAGGAAUUAAGAGCAAACAGGGAAAACGGAGGAAAGAAAUUAAGGAAACCAAUCAAGAAAACUUCCUCGAACCAAAGGGCAUGAGUUGCCAGACUGAAAGGAGUGACUGGAUACACAGAGCACCAACGAAGACGUGGAUCUGUAUCAGAGACAUCACGGAGAAACUCGAGAGUAGCACGGACAAGAAGAUGAUGUAA